AUGGCAUUCGAAGGCCGCGAGCCGCCCGAGGACGCGGGCAGUCCGUCGCCAGUUCCUGACAUGAAUCGAAAUCGAUUGCCGACCCUUUUCGAAGUCCUGAGCAGGCGGACUCAUCCUCCGGUGGAUCUUUUCUCGUUCUACAUAUACAUGCGCGACCAGCAGCGUUCGGUCGACUAUCUUGAUUUCUGGCUCGAUGUUGCCCAGCACAUGUCUCUCUGUCGCCACUAUGUACGCGAGCUUCGAAGAUCAGUCCUGGUUGGUACACCCGAUAUCGAGAAGGAGGAAUCGAAACGGUCGUCGAGGGCGUUGGAGGCCAUGGGCGAGAUGAGCCACGGACCUGCUGGACCAUCGAUGUAUGCGAGCGACAAGGAACGGGAGCAGAAUGCGCAGAUGUCUGCAUACCUACGAGAUCAACCGGCGCCUGGGGGGAUAGGGAUGAACGACUCUCCUGCGAGUAGUCAAGAGCGACGAGCGCGUGCUAGUACCCAGCUCAGCUCUAGUACUCCGCAUAACAUGACAUCCAACUCGAACUCGCCAUUCCAUUCCGUGGCUAGGGAAGAUAUCCGGGCGUCCGCCGAGAAGAUCCUCUACACAUUCCUACUCCCCGGAGCCGAACGAGAGAUCACGCUACCCGGCUCCAUCACCACGGAGAUCACGACCGCGAUCGAGCAGGAUGGACGUGAUGACCCGGAAGUUUUCGACGUCGCUAAGGAUUACGUCUUUCAGGCCAUGGAACGAGAUGCAUUCCCUGGUUUCCUGAGAGCCCGUGCCCUGGGCAACCUAAUCCCGCCCACCAUCAUUGCCAGGCUGAUCAUCGGCCUCAUUGCGAUGUUUGGGGCUUUCUGGACAGCCUUCAUCCUCAUCUUUCUCAACUACCCCCGUCAUACCCGGGCCUGGGAGAUAUUGCCUUUCACGGUCGGUGUAUACUUCCUGGCGUCGUACCAGUACUCGUUAGAUCCGAUCAUGGCCCUGCUCGGCUUUACGGAAUACACACCCUUUAACUUCUCACGCAUACGGGAACCGUACGUCCGCAAGCUUUUGGUCAAGCGCUCGGUAAUGGUACUUGCCGCCACGGUACUGAUAGAUGCGGCAUUCUGCGUGCUCUUCAUCCUCGUGCCUGGCAAGAGACUCUGA